AUGAAUGCCCACUCCAAGGAGAUGGUGCCCCUCAUGGGCCGAAGAACCACUGCACCCAGCGGGAACUCCGUUGUGCUCACAGAGAAGAGGCCAGCAGACCUCACCCCCACCAAGAAGAGUGCACACUUCUUCCUGGAGAUAGAAGGCUUUGAGCCCAACCCCACAGUCACCAAGACCUCUCCUCCUAUCUUCUCCAAGCCGAUGGACUCCAAUAUCCGGCAGUGCAUCUCUGGCAACUGUGAUGACAUGGACUCCCCUCAGUCUCCUCAGGAUGAUGUGACAGAGACCCCAUCCAACCCCAACAGUCCCAGUGCAAACCUGGCCAAAGAAGAACAGAGGCAGAAGAAGAAGCGGCUGCGCAUCUUUGCUGCUGUAUCUGAGGGCUGCGUGGGAGAGCUUCGGGAACUGCUACAGGAGCUGCAAGAGCUCUGCAAACGGCGCCGUGGCCUGGAUGUGUCUGACUUCCUCAUGCACAAGCUGACAGCCUCAGACACAGGGAAAACCUGCCUGAUGAAGGCUUUGCUCAACAUCAACCCCAACACCAAAGAGAUCGUGCGGACUCUGCUUGCCUUCGCUGAAGAGAAUGACAUCCUAGACAGGUUCAUCAAUGCCGAGUACACGGAAGAGGCCUAUGAAGGGCAGACGGCACUGAACAUCGCCAUUGAGAGGCGCCAGGGAGACAUCACUGCAGUGCUAAUAGCAGCAGGUGCUGAUGUCAAUGCGCACGCCAAGGGUGUCUUCUUCAACCCCAAGUACCAGCACGAAGGCUUCUACUUUGGUGAGACACCCCUGGCCUUGGCAGCGUGUACCAACCAACCUGAAAUUGUGCAGCUGCUGAUGGAGAAUGAGCAGACAGACAUCACCUCCCAGGACUCUCGGGGAAACAACAUCCUGCACGCACUGGUGACAGUGGCUGAGGACUUCAAGACCCAGAAUGACUUUGUUAAGCGCAUGUAUGACAUGAUCCUGCUGAGGAGUGGCAACUGGGAGCUGGAGACCAUGCGCAACAAUGAUGGCCUCACACCACUGCAGCUGGCUGCCAAGAUGGGCAAGGCUGAGAUCCUGAAGUACAUCCUCAGUCGAGAGAUCAAGGAGAAGCCUCUCCGGAGCCUGUCCAGGAAGUUCACGGACUGGGCAUAUGGGCCUGUGUCAUCCUCACUUUAUGACCUCACCAACGUAGACACCACGACAGAUAACUCCGUGCUGGAGAUCAUCGUCUACAACACCAACAUUGACAACCGGCAUGAGAUGCUGACCCUGGAGCCCCUGCACACGCUGCUGCAUAUGAAAUGGAAGAAAUUUGCCAAGUACAUGUUCUUCCUGUCCUUCUGUUUCUAUUUCUUCUACAACAUCACCUUGACCCUCGUCUCUUACUACCGUCCCCGGGAGGAUGAGGCCCUCCCACACCCCUUGGCCCUAACACACAAAAUGAGUUGGCUGCAACUCCUAGGGAGGAUGUUUGUUCUUAUCUGGGCUACGUGCAUCUCUGUGAAAGAGGGCAUUGCCAUUUUCCUGCUGAGACCCUCUGAUCUGCAAUCCAUCCUGUCAGAUGCCUGGUUUCAUUUUGUCUUUUUUGUCCAAGCUGUGCUUGUGAUACUGUCUGUCUUCUUGUACUUGUUUGCCUACAAAGAAUACCUCGCCUGCCUCGUGCUGGCCAUGGCCCUGGGCUGGGCGAACAUGCUCUACUACACGAGAGGCUUCCAGUCCAUGGGCAUGUACAGCGUCAUGAUCCAGAAGGUCAUUUUGCAUGAUGUUCUGAAGUUCUUGUUUGUUUACAUCCUGUUCUUACUUGGAUUUGGAGUAGCGCUGGCCUCACUGAUUGAGAAGUGCUCCAAGGACAAAAAGGACUGCAGCUCCUAUGGCAGCUUCAGCGACGCGGUGCUGGAGCUCUUCAAGCUCACCAUAGGCCUGGGCGACCUGAACAUCCAGCAGAACUCCACCUACCCCAUCCUCUUUCUCUUCCUACUCAUCACCUAUGUCAUCCUCACCUUCGUCCUCCUCCUCAACAUGCUCAUCGCCCUGAUGGGGGAGACGGUGGAAAAUGUCUCCAAAGAGAGUGAGCGGAUCUGGCGUUUACAGAGAGCCAGGACCAUCUUGGAGUUUGAGAAAAUGUUACCAGAAUGGCUGAGAAGCAGAUUCCGCAUGGGGGAGCUGUGCAAAGUAGCAGAUGAGGACUUCCGGCUGUGUCUGCGGAUCAACGAGGUGAAGUGGACUGAAUGGAAAACACACGUGUCCUUCCUUAUAGAAGAUCCAGGGCCCAUAAGACGGACAGCAGAUUUGAACAAAAUCCAAGAUUCUUCCAGGAGCAAUAGCAAAACCACCCUCUAUGCAUUUGAUGAACUGGAUGAAUUCCCAGAGACGUCGGUGUAG